AUGGUGCAGCUGGAGCCUUGCCCAUUUGAAGUCCUGGGCAUCAAGGACUUUGAUGCACCCACCUCGGCCAUUGAGAGUGCUUUCCGGAAGCGGAGUUUGGACUGCCAUCCGGACAAGAAGCCUGGGGAUCCCACUGCGAAGGCUCAAUUUGAGGCUCUUGUGGCGGCCAAGGAGGCGCUUCUGGAUCCAGUGCAGCGAGCAGCGGCGCAGAGUGCAGCGAGCACCUCAUUCAAGGCACCUAAGGGACCUUUCGCAAGAUUUGCUCAAUGCAGAGCUGCAGUGCGGAAGAAAACAGGUGCGACGCCUGCAAAGGCCCAAGCUGCCACAGUGCAGCCACCCCGCGCGCAGGAGAAGCCUCAAGCCCCAGGAAUUGAUCCUGAGAAUCUGUUCUGCAUUGAUGUGGCUCACAAGCGAAGGUCCGCGGGAAUACCUUCUUCCACGAGUGCGCUUUUCAAGAUCGACAGAGAGUUCUCAAACCUGGCCGCCACUCUGGAGUCAAAGAUGGUCAAAAAGAUCUCGGAAAUAAGUCAGAACACUUCAAGCCAGCCUUCAUGGGUUGGAGGUGAAGUGCCACGCGCACGAAAUGUACAGACUCACAGGACAAAUCCUUUAGAGAAAGACAAGGGGGAAGGGGCUCCUACGGAAGGAUUUGCCUUCGAGAGACAGGCACCAAGAAGGCUUGACUUGGAACACGAUGAUCAUGCUGACCUCGAUCAUGAUGGGCUCGAAGAAAGAGAUACGAAGGAGAGCAGUGAUCCUUGCCCUCCUUUGCCGCUCCUAUUGCCUUGGACAGAUCAUGUGAUGCUGGUAUCGGCCAUUGUGAAAGUCACUAAAGCUAAGAAGCCGGAAGCUCACAUCCUGGCGCGGGUGGUUGAGAUUCUUCGUGAGAGAGGAGGACAAGCACCACUUGCAGUCCUGACUCGGAACCCAAUGCGUUUGCAGAGCGUUCUUUCUCAUCAUGCUCGGCUGCUGGAAGUGUACCUGCCUGGCAAGUACUUGGCUGGAACAGGUUUGCAGGUACACGUGCGCCUGCGUGGCGCAGAGUUUCAGCGGGCCGCUGAACGUUUCAAGCAAAAUCGUGCGGCCCAGGUCAAAGCGCAAGCCAAAGCAGAAAUGCACGGCAAAGCCAAGGCAAGGAAUUCAGGCCAAGUCCACGGAACUGUGCUGCCAAGACGCACCAAAGUGACUGCGCGAGUCAAACCCAGAAGACCUAGCAGGCGUCGACAGCAAGUCUGCGAGACAGUGCAUGUGGAUUCAUCGGAUGAGAGUUGUUGUGAAGUCGCCUCCACGCAGCGCAAGAGGCAAAGGACGUUAGAAGCCAAUUCCGAAGCGAAGGGAAGACAUGGCGGACAAGCUGCUCAUCAAGCUGGUACGGAAGAACCCCUUUCAGGCGAAGCAGAGACAGGCGAAACGCCUGACAUCGACGUCGAGGUUUUGCCAGAGGAUCGCACAGCACGCCCAGAUGGUCAUCAGGACAGUGGCGCUAGCAAAGCUUCGGAUCAGGAGAACGAUCGAUUGCUUCAUCGCGCCUACGCACAUGCAGUUGGAAGGUGGCAGGCCUCGCGGCCUGGCAAAGGACAGCUUCGCUAUUUCCUCCUCCUGCCAGCGGGGAAUUUGGGCGCCUUGCGGCCCCAACCUUCUGCCAUACUCUUCUCCUUCGAUCCAGCUUCAAAGGUACUCUAUGAGUACGUACCUGGACAUGGUGAGAGCGAAGGCCGUUGCGUUGCGAUGUGGUCACCUUAUUGUCCAGAAGUGAAUGCCCUGCUAUGGACGGUGCUUCCUUUGCCGCCGGAGCCAUCCAGUGAGGACGCUCCUGGCACCCCUCCUGGUACACCCCCAGCAGAAAUACAGGAAGAAGAUGAGGCACAUGAGGUGAGCAGCGAGGGAGAGGGAAAGGACGACUUGGAGAGCUCCAUGCAGCUGAUCGAUGCUUUAAUUCGUGAUGCAGCUGCAGAAGCUGGAGCUUUGGCAGCUGAGAAGAGGAGGACUAUGGAGAUGCCUCCAACCUUCUCUGUUGUUGGUGGUCCUCCAUCACCAGUGCCAGAAGAGCCGGCUGAGAAGGAGAAGGAGACGCACGAGUCGUUUCUGUCAUGGUGGAUCCCGGGCUGCGGGGUGUGCGCACCUGCCCAAAAGGCACCACGGCUUCCUUGUGCUCCUUGUGCUGAGGGACGCGGGGAAAUUCUUGACUGUGGCCCACUGACCCCGGCAGCUGCAGCAGCUGAAGCUCUGGAUGAGCAUGCGUUUGAGGAGUACGGCAUGCAGGUCCAAGAUGAACUCUCACAGGAGUUGGAGGGAUUGAUGCGUUUGUGCUCGAGGUGGACCGCAGGGAGUGCCUCCGGUAGUGAAGCAGCCUUGGACAUGACGGUACCACCAGCGCUGCAGGCGGAACUCAGGUCUACCAGCCGACCGCGUCGCUCAUCAUCUCGGGAGUCGGACGAGAGCAGAGAGAGGGUGGGCAGCACUACGUUGAACUUGCCAGAGCCACGACUAGAGCGUCCGGCACGCCCAUCAGAAAGGAGGCCAAUGCUGCACGUUGGCACCUCCUUCUCAAGGGACCCUGACCAGGUUGGUCGCAACCGUGCUGGCACUGCAACAUCCAUUCGCCAAAGAAGGCAGCACCGACUUCUGGGACCCAAAAAGGGCCUUGCUGUUCAUUUUGGACACGAGAACUGGAACAUGGUGUUGAGCAUGAUGAUCGGAAUCCGAAUGGCCGUUGGACGAUCAGAGAAUGAGAUGAAGCGAGAAUUGCAACCAGUAGACUUUAUCAUGAAGGUCCCUCGCAUGCUGAACUUCUGCAAGAUCAAUAGCCCGAGCAUCUCUACCAGCCUCUCGCCGCAGGACGAACCCUUUGAUCCAUGGGCCUCUGCCGCUGCAGAUGGGACGUCUGCUGCAGUCAUGAAAUCUGCGAAGAAGAAGGAUGCCUGGGGCAGCUUUAGAGCAGGGGAAGCAGAAGCGCUUUCCGACUCGGAUGCAGCAAAACCAAAACAAGGAAAGAAAAAGAAAGGUGGCGAUAGCAAGAAGCCUGCUGGGCCAUCCGGACCGAACCUGGCAAGAAAGCGUGUAACUGAUUCCAAAGUCAGUGGAGUUGUUGAGUCAUGGACAAACUCCUAUGGCUGGAUUCGGCCUUUUCAGCGUGUGAACCAUCCGAAGGCCGGCAAGCACGGAGGAAAAAUCUACAUCCAUGGCAAAGAUGUCAAGGGUGGUCUUGGGUUUCUGCCAGUGGGUGCUCCGGUGGAGUUCUACGUCUUCGAAGACGAUGCAGGUCUAGGAGCAGAAGAAUGCUCGACAGACGGGAAGGGCAAAGGUGGCAAGGGCUGGGGGUGGGAUUCCAAAGGCUGGGACAUGGGCAAAGGCUGGGACAUGGGCAAAGGUUGGGAUAUGGGAUCUUGGGACAUGGGAAAGGGUUGGGAUAUGGGAAAAGGCUGGGGUGGAAAGGGUGGCUGGGAUGGUGGCAAGAAAGGAUGGGACUCUGGCAAAGGAGGGAAGGGAAAAGGCCUUCCAAAGGGAAAAGCUGAGUCCAGUGGCAAGGAUCGAAAAGGACCCAAAGGUGAUAGAAAAGGAGAAGGCAAAGGUUCAAGCUACAGUGAUGCGAAAGAAGGCGCAUCAGAGAUUCCGGAGGUGCGGACUGAUUGGUCGGGCUACACCGGUGUUUUGUCUGGGUCAAGCCAAGGCUUUGCCAGUGCAAAGGGCUCCCAGGCGCAUGCUGAUAAUUCUAGACCUGCUGUGACAGGAGCUCCACCUCCACCACCACCUGGUGGUCCCAUGCCACCAAAGCAAGUUGGUGCAACUGGCCCCAUGAUGCCAGGUGGGGCAUCUGUACCUGCUGUGUGGCCAGAGGCGAGACCAGGAGGGCGGUGCCCAGCACCGUUCAUGAUGAGUGGCAUUGGCACCACGCCUGUGCCUGGUAUCAACAGUGUUGCGGUGAACCAGAUCGCAUAUCCACAGUAUAGCACCAUGAUGCCGGGCAUGAGCCCUCCCAUGCCACAGCCUUUGGCCAUGAAUGCUCCGGGUGCAUUGCCUGGCAUGUAUCCUGGCCAUGUUCCGCCUAAUCCGGUUCACUCUCCUUAUCCGGGCUUGGGCGGAGCAGGCGUCUACGAAGAUGCAGGUUACCAGAGCCUGGGUUUGCAACUCAUGCCCUGCCUCAGGACGCUGGUGAGAAGCAAGAACUGCUUACUGCUCACAGUUCAUUUUCCAGAGAAGUUCAGCAUUCUGCCACGUUUGGCGAACAUCUUUGAUGCCACCGUGUCCAAGCGAGUGUCCGUGACUCGCUUUAUUGACUACGCUCCAAUGGUCUUCCAGCGAAUACGAGCUUCCUUUGGAAUCCUCAACGAAGACUACUUGAGAUCGGUGGGACCGGAGCAACUUUUGGGCAACAUGGUGCUGGGCAACUUGUCCUCUUUGUCUGAGCUGUCUUCCGAGGGCAAAAGCGGUGCAUUUUUCUACUACACUGCUGAUGGGAAAUACAUGAUGAAGACCGUGACGCACAAGGAGCAGAUACUGCUUAAGAAAAUGCUGAAGAACUAUCACGACCACAUUGUCUCAAAUCCGGGCACCCUGCUUGUGCGAUUCCUGGGAUUGCAUUGCCUAAGUGUACGCAAGGACAGGAAAGCUGGCAAGGGACCUGCGGUGCAGAAAGUGUACUUUGUCGUAAUGAACAACAUGUUCAACACGCCCUUUGAAAUUCAUCGGCGGUAUGAUCUCAAAGGUUCCUGGGUUGGCCGUGUCACAACCGGGGAGUUUGAUCCCAGCGUUGCUCUGAAGGACCUGGACUUCACAAAGGCAAACGAAAAGAUUCGUGUGGGUGAGGAGCGCAAAGCAAAACUUGUGGCACAGAUCGAGAGGGACAGUUCUUUCUUAAAAGAGAACAAUGUGAUUGACUAUUCACUUCUGCUUGGGAUCUACCAGACCGGGACCACAGUUUUGCGAUGUGCGGACUGUGCAGCCAUUCGUGUGACGGUCGUGACCGCCUUGGCUUGCAGAUGCUUGAGCCAUGAACUGUGUCAUGCAGUGGUGUCAAGACUAAAAUGGUCUAAAAUGUCCAGGCGUGGAGGCAAAGGAGAUGGUGGUGUGCUCGGUCGCAAUUCGCAUUUGGGAUGGAUUCCUGUUCAGGCCCUGGAGAAGGUAAAGGCUGGAGGCCGGGCAAGCGGGCAAAGCGGGCAGUUGCAGUUCUCCGGCCAGAGAUGGUUCCAAUGGUUCCAAUGGUCAGGUGACCCGCGAGAAAACUUUCAGCGCGACAGCUCACUGGGGCUGUCAACCCAGAUCUCCGAUGAACUCCAUGGGCCGAAUCAGCUCCAAGAGUUCUAA